AUGGUAGAGCGCUCGCUUAGCAUGCGAGAGGGAGUUCAUCAAACAUUGCUGAGUUUGACGCCUGCUGACGGGGUGGAUAUGGCAUCUGAAUUGAAAUUGAAUAUGAGGAGUGAUGGUUAUUUGAAUGUUAAUGAUUUGCUAAAGUUGAAUUUGAAGACACUUGAUAAUAUUCUUCUGCGAUCCAACACCAUUGAUGACAUUAGGGAGGCAGUCCCUCCCACAGAAUCAGCACCUGUUCAGUUCCAUUCAGUAGUCUCCUUACUCCCAACACUUCCUUUGGUUGAACUUGUAGCUCCCAUUCUGCAUUCAAACACUGGUAACCGCUGCACUGCAAUUCCACUCUCUACUGCUUUCUUCAGCUGA